AUGGCGGCGCAGCACGAGAGAGGGGCAGCUGGGGAGCGCCUGGGGCGCUUCCUGGGAACCUUGAUGGGGUACGGCGGCGGCGGCGGCGGCGGUGCCGGGGAUCUGGAACAGUUCCUCUUUCUACCUCUGUUCGUCGGGCUGAUGGGUCCUCGAGCCGGGGAGGAGGCCGAGGCUGCGCCGGCGGCGGACCGGCUGGUCCUCGUGAACACAAUGACGCAGGGGAUGGUGAUGCUGAGGACUGGCGGCGGCGGGGGCCUCGACGUCGCCGCCAUGGUGGAGGAGAUGCUGGCGGCGACUGAGGUGGGGGGGUCUCGGGGGUCGCCGCCGGCGUCCAAGGCCUCGAUCGCGGAGCUGCCGGUGGUGGAGAGGGCCACGGGGGAGGGUGGCGCAGAGGAGUGCGCCGUUUGCCUGGACGGGUUGUGGGCGGCGGCGGCGGUAGAGGAGGACGGCGUUUCGGAGGUGGCGGCGGAGGGGGAGGUCAGGGAGAUGCCCUGCCACCACCGCUUCCACGGGGGCUGCAUCGAGAAGUGGCUGAGGAUCCACGGGUCCUGCCCGGUGUGCCGCCACCGGAUGCCGGAGGAGAAGGCCGCGGAGGGGAAGAAGGAAGGCGAGGCGGCGGCGCCGUACAGGAGGAGGGACGUCUGGGUGACGUUGACCUUCAACAGAGGGGAUAACCAGAGAGAAGACCAACGGCGACAGGAAGGGGACGGAGGAGCCCGGGAGGAAGGCGAAGAGCAGCGGCACUAG